UGUCUUCACCAGAGCCCCCAGGCUGAGAGCAAGAAAGAAGAACUUCUGUCCCAAGGGAAGUGAGGCAAGGACAUCAUUGGAGCCAACAUUUGCUUCAAGUUCCUGUGGCUGCUGACACUGUGCAAGACACUGAUGGCACCUGGCAGAGGAUGCUUCGCCCUGGCCAUUCUGCUGGCAAUUGUGGACACCCAGCUUGGUGAGGGCAUGCAGAUCCAAAGCUCAUUUCACAAGGAAGGAAAACAACUACACUUGAUCUGUACUUUGCAGUAUAAGAAAGAAGAGGCUGAGGGGGUUAUAGUGUUUUUGUGCAAGAACAGAUCUUCUGACUGUUUCCCCGAGACCAGCUUGCAGCAACGGAGACUUAAACGGAAUCCUGGGAGAGAUGGUGUCAGUGAAAUACCAUCUCAUUUGGUGUUCACCAUAAACCAAGUCACACCAUCAGACAGCGGGACCUACCAGUGUUGUGCCAUAAGCCGGAAGCCAGACAUCCGCCUUCAGGGUCACUUUUUCUCUAUUUUAGUCACAGAGACAGGGAACUAUACAGUGAAAGGACUGAAACAAACAGGACACCCCAAGUUCAAUCACAGCAAAGGCAUUCUCAGUUCAGGCUUCCUGCAAGAAAACGCCUGGGUGAUGCUGGUCACUAGCCUGAUGACCUUGGCCCUUCAAGCUUUGUAAGCCUUGUGCCAGAAACUUAAAAAAAAAAAAAAGUUACAGCAAGAUAAACCUGACUCUCUUUAGCUUGCUACCUUUCACAUUACAAAAUACAGAGAGAAGAUACUGCACAGGGGAGGAGAUGCUAAAUAUGCCAAGAAUCUGGGGAAUGCAAGGUGAGACAAAUGAAUAUAUUCCUUGACCUCCCCUCCUCAUCACCACAGGAAACCUGCCUUUCUUUCUCCCUGUCACCACUUAAAAAAGAAAAAAAG